AUGCUACCAACUAAAAUAAAUUAUACAGCUUUGUCUGGGGGAAUUCCGUUAGGUUCUUUUGUCCUGUUAUUCUUUGUAAUUAGUGUUAUUAAUAAACGUACGGACUGGUUUCUUCUCAGUACUAUUCUGGGAAUAGCCACGAAAUCGAAUAAUGACUCAAAGAAAGCGUCCAAAUGUGAGCCUCCUGAAAAUAACAGCACUGUUUCGAGAAAACAAGACGGAAAAAAAGAAGACGAAAAGAACAAGAGUAUACAGAAUUUAGUUACUUGUAAACAAUGUGAAAUGGAUGUCGCUGUUACUGUAGGAAAAGACGAGGCGGUUACCCCCUUCGAAAAAUAUCUUUUUAUCGAGUUUGGGGACGGUGAAGUUGCUGUGCCUGAAUUAAAAUGUUUCAUACGCUUUUUAAGUGACUUGAUGGCAGCUGCUAUUCUUGGAAUUUUUGUAUCAAUCAUCGUCGUUAAGUUAAUCCUGUCAAAUGAAUUAGUAAAAAAUGGUAGCAAAUGUCCUAAAUAUAGCGCUGACUGUUUCUCCAACGAUGGGAGAAAUGACUAUAGUCCAUACAGUUGUGUUGAUGGACAAUACCUCAAUAUCACUGGCUAUACUGGCCUUGCAUGGUGUGUAGGAUAG